CUACAACGCAGUGUCAGUCAUUCAUGUAAUUUAUUACGUCUUGGUCAUUGGAACAUAACGUCCUGCCUGUCCUAAUGUUGUGUAAUAAACUUGUUUAAUCGUUGAGUGACAUUAAUAACUUUUUGUCUAGCAUAUUGUGAAAAGUGAAUGAAAAAUACUUUAAAAUGACUGUACGACAAAGAAAAUUAAAAGAUGAUACCUCAGCGCCACAUAUCAACGUAAGGUCUAGAAUACUCAAGCAGCCUCGCCGCUUCAAGAAAGUAUUCAUCCUCCUCUUAAUAUUAGCAUUAUGCGCCACUUAUUUAUUGGGCAUGUUCGCCGGUCAAUCCCAAUGGCUGGACGGCAUAGCCAAAAGUCUGGGCUACGAGAGCGAACACCACUACGCCGUGAUCAUCGACGCUGGCUCCUCGGGAUCCAGGGUCCUGGCGUAUAAGUUUAGGGUACCGUUUACAGUAUUCGGCCAAGGUAACUUGGAUCUAGUAGAAGAAUAUUUUGAGCAAUCCAAGCCGGGCCUGUCUUCUUUUGCGGACAAUCCAGAACAGGGUGCCGACACGAUAGUACAACUAAUUAAAAAGGCUGAGUUUCUCAUACCCGCGGAGAAGCGUAAGGUGACUCCGCUAAUAGUCCGCGCUACAGCCGGACUUAGGUUACUGCCAGAGGAUAAAGCCCAAGGUCUUCUUGACCAAGUAUACAAGGCUAUAUCCAAGCUUGGUUUUGACGUGGCAAGCAACGGCGUCGCCAUUAUGGAAGGCUCAGACGAGGGCAUCUUCAUUUGGUACACACUUAAUUUGUUGCACAACCUGAUGGGCGGUCAAACUAUGGCCGCGUUGGAUCUCGGCGGUGGAUCGACACAGAUAACUUACCAACUGGACGAGAGCGAUAAAGAUUCGUAUCCGGCCGGCGAUCAGUACAUCGUGCCUGCCGGGGACAAUAUAACGCUAUAUACACACAGUUACCUGAAACUCGGCCUCCUGGCGGCUCGCUACGGCAUCUUUCAGCUGGAGGCGGGCGACAACAGCAACACGACGGAGUUCGUGUCCGUCUGUCUCGAGCCCAUACUGACCAAGGAGCCGUGGACGUACGCCAACAAACAGUAUUAUGUCAGUGGAGCCCGCCGCAGUGAAGGUAUGAAGCGAGAGGCGGCCAUGGCACGUUGUUACGAAGUGGUGAAGCGUUACGUCAAGAGAACUUUGGAUUGGGAACCUAAACAGGCGCCUAAGGGUGCUGUGGCAGCUAUGUCCUACUUCUACGAUGUGGCUGCCGAUGCCGGAUUGAUUGACGUAAUGAAAGGCGGCACGGUUUCGGUGAGCAAGUACCGGGCGGCCGCGCUGCGCGCGUGCUCCGACUCCAACGUGGAGCAGCCGUGGGCCUGCGCCGACCUCGUGUACGUGCUUACGCUGCUGCGGGACCUCUACCGGAUCCAGGACGACGAGCCGGUCUCGGUGAGUUGUUAUAGUCGGAUCGUGCUCCGACUCCAACGUGGAGCAGCCGUGGGCCUGCGCCGACCUCGUGUACGUGCUUACGCUGCUGCGGGACCUCUACCGGAUCCAGGACGACGAGCCGGUCUCGGUGAGUUGUUAUAGUCGGAUCGUGCUCCGACUCCAACGUGGAGCAGCCGUGGGCCUGCGCCGACCUCGUGUACGUGCUUACGCUGCUGCGGGACCUCUACCGGAUCCAGGACGACGAGCCGGUCUCGGUGAGUUGUUAUAGUCGGAUCGUGCUCCGACUCCAACGUGGAGCAGCCGUGGGCCUGCGCCGACCUCGUGUACGUGCUUACGCUGCUGCGGGACCUCUACCGGAUCCAGGACGACGAGCCGGUCUCGCUGUUCAAAAAAGUGAAAGGCCAUGAGGUGUCAUGGGCUCUAGGUCUUGCCUACACGACGGUUAUGAAUCGCCUAGCGGCCGCCGCCGCCGCCGCAGCCGCGUAACAGUGAACCUUAUGUCGUUGUAAAUAAGGUAUAUUUUUUAACAUAGACUCUCUUCUGAGAACAAUGGUCAGUCUGGUGGUAAAAAAGGUUGGAUGUAUUGCAUUUAUUUAAUUUCAAAAAUUCAAGAAAUAUCUUCCUGGAAAGCUAUGAAUUUAUUAUUGAAAAAAAAAAAUGUUGACAUAAAAAUAAUGAUGUGUAACCAUGGUUGAUUCCAGUACGGGCUAGGUUCCCCUGCAAAGGAUUCGGAGGUCAGACGGGAGUCGCUUCGUGUAAAAACUUGACUCACCCAAUACAGGAUUGAGGUCACAAGACUCCGGUCACCUCACCUGAAUAUAAAUAAAUAACAUAAUCUAAAGGAAUUCUUUAAUUAAUUAAUUGACGGCAUCGUUGACUCAUCCAAUGUUUUCAGAAGAUGAUAUUUGUCAAUCCAACUAUUACCUCUACGGUUCUUUGUGAUAUACAAGUGUUAUGUGAUUUUUAGUAUGUUUUGAUUUGACAACAAUGAAGGAUACUGUAACGCGACAUUGUAAAUUUUCAUCUAUUUCGGAAUAAUAUAAGCAAUUAAAUAUUGUAUUUGUUACAUCGACGUUACUUUCUAUAGAUUCAUAAUGCUGCUGAAAAAGUGUCCGAAAGAAAUUCAUUCGAAUAUGGAUCUAAAUGUAUUAGAAUAAGGUACACAAUUCUAAAUAUUAUUGCAAUACAAUAUGAUACAUUUUUGAAUGGCAAAUAUUAAUUAAAUUACAAACUACAUAUUAUAAAGUCCCCCUAUUUUCUUUGUCUGUAUAAUAUCCAUCCUUAUCUCGGAAAGUUGUGGACGAAUUUUGUUCUUUUUGAAAAGAGGUUUUUCUGAGGAAGGUAUAUUUAUGUCUAGAAAUGUCAUUGGUUUUUGAAUUUUGUGCAAGUAUAUAAAAAUAAAUACAAUAUCAAUUUAUAUAUAUUGACUGAGUAUAAUAUAUUAUAUUAUAUAUUAUCUCCAACUGAGUAAACUUUACUCAGUUGGACUGUUGAUCUCUUACUUCGACGACAGUCGACUAAACGUAUAUGCUUUUAGUCGACUGUCGUCAAAAGGUCAUUAAUUAAAUCACUUUCUUGUCUUAUAUUAUUCCGACUUAUAUUUAGAAUUAUCUUAUUUGAAUAAUUUUUUUGGGACGUUUUAAUGUGGUCACUGAGUGGUCACAUGAUAGUCACACGAUGAUUCCUAUAAACUCGGUUGUAAAUCUGUACAACUACUUAAAGCCAAUAUAUAAUUAUAAUUUAAAUAUUUAUUCUUGACUUUAUUCUUUUGGUCUUAUUCACGAAUGUUGACGGGAUAUGCGUUUUGUUUUCUCUCCCUGUCUAUAUGUUCGGCUAACCCUAGUGGUAGAAUGAGAGGGAAGCUUCUUCCAUAAUUUAUAUGGACCAAGAAAGUGUAACUGUAUUUAAUUUAAUAACAAAAUAUAUUAUAAUUUGUAUUAAUAACGCACUUUUGUUUAUAUUAUGCACAAUGUUUUUAAUAAUUAUGAAGUUUAGUGGAUGUUAGCCCGUGGGAUACUAAUAUAUUUCAUAGUGACGUGCAAAAUUAAUAUUUCACAGAUUCACGAUUAAUUUCUUGAAGUAUGUGAUAUAAUUGUUUAUUUGUGGCAUACAUACUCUUCCCUGGAGGAGUAGGCAGAGACUACAUCAUUCCACUUACCCACGAUCCUUGCAUACGUCUUUCGCUUCAUCCACAUUCAUAACUCUCUUCAUUCAAGCACGUUUAGGGCCCUCUUGAUCCUGAACUUUGUUUGUUUGUAAGAUAUACAUACAUUUAAUCUCGUCUUUAUCUCUUACGGGGUAGGCAGAGCAUACAGGCAAUGACUAAAGGCCACAUACAAUUUCAAGUUUAGCCUAUCACUUGAUGGACAUAUACAAUAUGCAUGGGGACAGAAUUAGCACAUUGCACAUCAGCAUGGAAACUUGCACUAAAUGCAUAUGCGUGGAUGUCGUAGAAGUCAACUAAGUGAAUAUGAGCAUAUUCACUUAGACGACUUUUACGACAUUCACAUUUUGCAAGAUUUAAUGUAAAAAAAUUGAGUAAUUGCCGUUUUUGUAGUGCCAAAGAGUGAAUACGCUGGAAAUCGUUUCCAUGGACUUUUUUGGCAAAUUACGAUUGUUGUGAUUAGAAGAAUAUGUGAAUUUAAUUUUUUUUAGCUCCAAUUUAUGCCGAGUGCAAUAUUAUUUUAUUUUCUUUUAAUUUAAUUUCAAUAGUGCUGAUAUUGUUUAUUGUUUUAGUUAAUUCUAUUUUUGUAUCCUUAAAUUAAUUUAUAUAUUUAAAUUUUACAAAAUGGUAACCCAUUGAACAGAUUCUAGUUUUAACAAUUAGUAAUUACAUAUACAUACCUCAUCAACUUCCAAUAUUAUAUUUCAUGUAAGAAGUGGGAUGCAUGUAAAUCGCUUCCAAAUAUAUGUUUAUCGUAAAUUAAUUUCAUUACAGGAUUAGCUCUAUCGUGAGUUUUGUUUGUUGCCAGUAAAUUGGAUUUUUUCAAAAUUGCGGUGAGAUUGAUAAGUAGUUAAAUCUGCACAUUCAGACAACUGGAUGUGUAACCAUGAUCGAUCCAAUACAGGUUAGGUUUACCUGCGAAAGUUGCGGACGUCUAAUGGGAGUCACGUUUGUGUAAAAACCUGACUCACCCAAUCCAGGAUUCAUGGUCAAAGACAUACCCCGGACUACGCAACCGGGACUAAAGCUAGAGAAGAAGUCACGAUGGUUUACUAAUAGCUAUACUUAACCAAAUCAUGGUAACCUUAAAUUUCAUUCAUAAAAUAGUCGGUUACUUUUUUUUGUACCUACAUCAAACGAUUUAACUCAUAUGAAACUGAAACGAAAUUUUUGAUGAUUUUGUAAUAAAACCGUUAUGUUAUACGUAUAACUUAUAUUUUUUUCAACAAUUUGAGUUUUGAAUUUCAAAGUCUUACUGAAUAUUAAAUGUUAGAAUUCCCUUACAAUUUUUACCAAAAAUGCAAUAGUAUCUUCAAAUUUUGAAUAUUAUAUGGAUCAAUUUCUUUAUAACAUGUAACGAGUAAAAUUUUUAAGAGCGCAAAAUAUAUAUAUGUAUAAAUUUACAGAACGUAUAAAUUCCUUUUGUACUUUUACAAUAUUUUUAAUAAUGGUUGUAUGGAUGGUACUCAUAUAGUGUAUUUACCUCUAAAGAGUUUGUUAGUCUAAUUUGAGAAAUAUAUUUUUAAUAAAAUAAAUAUAUAGAAUAUAUAAACGGUAUAACAAAUAAUUUCUUCUUAUUAUAUAAAUGAAAAUAAUUCUAAUUGAUUUUAAACUUUCGCGUUGCAUUAAUCUAUUUAAUUAUAAAUAAUACAUAUAUUGAACUUGCAUGUAACGUACCUUUAUUUUAACUCGGACGUUUUGAAUCAUGUUACAAUAUAAUCCGUGGCUACCUAGCGCCUCGAAAAUAUUUGAAACGACUGAGAUAAAAUAAAGGCACGAUACGUGCGCGUUUAAUACCUGUAUUAUUUAUAAAUAUAAAAGUAAUUUUGUUUAUAUUAUGCCUAAUUGUAUUUUGAAAUGAGUAGUAAAGGUAACUUUUUUGUUGUAUCUAUGUCAUUUGUUAUUUUUAUUACGUAGGCAAAGACUACAUCUUUCCACUUGUCAUGAUCAUAACUCUCUUCAUGCAAGCAAUUCGUCGAUUUCGGGUACUCUCGACCUGACCUUUUGCGAGAACAUUCCCAAUUUGAUCAAGACGCGUUCUUUUUAUUUGUUAUUUGUGUUUCUUUAUCAAUGGAGUGAGAAAGAAUAUGUCAAGAGUAUAUGUAUAUUUUUCAAAAUAGGCGCGCCGAACUCUUACUAUAAAAAAGCUAUCCAAUAUUUUUAUGAUCUAUGUCUUUCCCAUUUUUGACGCAAUAUAUAAAGUUUUCUAUAGCUUUCUGCACUUGGUAUAUAUGUACCUAGCGAUGUGAUUGGUGUUAAUGUGUAAAUUGUACAAAUUUAAUAAAUGUUGGAUUUAAA